CACAUAAAAAGCCCGCCAAUUAAAAUUAACGGAAAAUUAACAAUAAAACAAAAAACCCGGUUUUGUUUAAAUUAUAAUCAAAGAGAAACUGAAAGAGAAAAGCAGAAAAGCAGAACCUUCAUUGUGUGGUAAUCCUCACAAUCGCAGAGCAACUUACGGCAGCGGUAACGACGGAGACGGCGAAGAUGGAGAGAGGAGGAGCUAGAGAAAGGAAUAAAAGAAAACAACGAACAACCAAACCACUGGUCUAAUCGUUUCAAAAAACAGUAAAAUUAUUAGAUUGAGAUUUUCUCUUUCAUGUGAUUGUAAUUUGUGUUACGUCUCAUUUUCAAUCUCGUCGUUUCGAGUUUUCCGAUGAAUUUGUCUCUCCGUUUUGUAAAUUUUGAUAUAUUUUUCCCUUUUUUCGAAGAAUUUUUUGUUUCUGUAUCAAAGAUUUCUCUCUUUUCUUUCUGUUUUUGACAAUUUAGGACCCUAUUAUUUCAAUUUAGCUUUGAAAAUGUCAUUUACAAGCUUUGUAUGGGAGAUUGGGAAUAUAUCAAAUAAAAGUUCAAGGAAGAGACAUAGGCUUCGUCGAGGUCAAGCUCAUAUUAAUCCAGAAGCUUCUUUCUCUUCUUCACCUGGCUCACCUGGUUCUUCAACUGUACAAAUCGAACAAAGGAAAUGGGCAAAUUUGCCUCCGGAAUUACUCUUAGAUAUAAUUCAAAGAGUAGAACAAAGGGAACAAUGUUGGCCUGGAAGGAGAGAUGUGGUUGCUUGUGCUUCAGUUUGUCGUUCAUGGAGGGAAAUUACUAAAGACAUUGUUAAAACACCUGAGCUUUGUGGCUUCUUAACUUUCCCAAUAUCUUUAAAGCAGGUAAAUUUUGAUAUAUUUUUACCUUCUUUUUUUUUGCUCGUUAUGAUUAAAAAAAAUCGGGUGUCUUUUUUUUUUUUAAAGCCUGGACCAAGGGAUACGCCGAUUCAAUGCUUUAUUAGAAGGGAGAGAGCAACUUCAACAUUUCGAUUGUAUAUGGGUCUCAGUCCUGCUUUGUCAGGUGAGUUGAGUAAACUGUUACUAGCAGCAAAAAGGGUCAGAAGGGCCACUGGUACUGAUUUUGUUAUAUCUUUAGUUGGGGAUGAUUUCUCUAGAUCAAGUAACAAGUAUGUUGGAAAACUCAGGUCUAAUUUCCUGGGGACCAAGUUCAACAUUUUCGACAGUCAACCUUCAAGAGAUUCUACGGUCUGCUCCAGUUGCGAAUUGUGUCGAAAAACUCAUCCAGGGAAGGUGGCUCCAAGGGUAACUACGAGUAACUAUAACACUGCCAAAAUAUCUUAUGAGCUCAAUAUUCUUCGCACUAGAGGUCCAAGGAGAAUGCAGUGUAUCAUGAACUCGAUCCCCGUCUCCGCCAUUGAAGAAGGAGGAACUGCUCCUACACCUACGGCAUUUACAAAUUGCCUUGAUGAGCAUUCUUCUCCCUUGUUAGAUUCAGCAGGAAGAAGGCCACAAGUUGGGUCCACUUCUAGAUCAAUGCAAAAUGUACCCUUAGUCUUGAAAAAUAAAGCUCCUAGAUGGCAUGAGCAGUUGCAGUGUUGGUGCUUAAAUUUUAAAGGACGAGUUACAGUGGCUUCCGUAAAGAAUUUCCAGUUGGUGGCUGCUGUGGAGCCUAGUGAAAAUGUUACAAUAACUGAACAAGAAAACGUGAUUCUGCAAUUUGGGAAGAUUGGCAAGGACAUUUUCACCAUGGAUUAUUGUUAUCCACUCUCUGCCUUCCAAGCAUUUGCAAUCUGCUUAAGCAGCUUUGAUACAAAACCAGUAUGUGAAUAACAAUUCUCUUGUUCCCUCUACUGGCAUGAUUAUGCUAGGUUUCAUUAUAUUUUGGUUGUAAUUUGUAAAUAUUCUCCUUGGAUGUACGUUAGGCUAGCCAUUUUACCGGCAACUGCCUUCAUUACUCUGCAAUCUACAUGCUUCUGUAAUGCCAAGUUUAGUAUCUAUAUUUAUAUUUGGAAGGCA